AGCCAUUUUUAGCCAAAAAUGAAGCCUCCAAUGCUGCUGUUUUGGAUUUUUGCUGUGCCUGUACACACUUUUGUGCUUCAGCCGAGUGUAAAUGUGACAGUCCUGCGGAAUGUAUCUGUAGAAGGUGAUCUUUGGGCCGAGCAGAGACUUGAUCAGUUGAUGGAGGCUCUCAACACUGGAAAGGAGAAAAGAAGUGAAGAAAAAGCCACAGUCCAAGGGGUGGAUGAAGAAACAGACACAGUUCACAGUAAGAGAACUGAAGAGCAUGAUAUAAAGAAAACAGAAAGCGAGAAACAUACAAAAGGGCACACAGAAAGUGAUGUAAUAAAGAAGGAAGUCAAAGAAAAAGAGGAUCAGCAAGGACAAAAUCUGUCGGAUGCAUUCUUAGCCAAACCCGUCCUCACUGCAUGGAAUACCACCUAUUUACAAGAAGUGGAGGGUGAGGAACAUCUAUCUCCAACAGUCAAUCAAUAUACCACUCCUCCUGCCAUGGCCACUGCCUUCCAACCUGUCCUGCACUUGCUUAAAGAAUCAGUUACUCUACUUCCAUCAAAGGCCCCUCCGAGUACUUUUUUGGCAAAACUCCCCAAAAAAGCAGCAGGUGCCAAACUUAAAGACAAUACAACACUAAAAGCGAAGAAAAAAAAGUCAAUCAAAGGAAAGGUGAAGACAACACCCAAAGUUUUGAAAAAAGCAAAAAAAGCAAAAAAGUUAAAACGAGAGCGGAAAUUGAAGCCAACAACACCUUCGUAUUUUCCCUAUUUUGAAGAUCACUACUGUCCCUCAGAAUGUUCCUGCUAUGGGAGGGUUGUGCAGUGUUCCGACAAAGAUUUGGGCAAAAUACCUUAUGGAAUUCCAUUUAACUCCCGUUACAUCCUCUUAAUGAACAACCACAUCGAUAGCAUUCAGUUGAACUUGCUCUCCGAGUACGACUCCAUGGAGUUCCUGGUGUUAAGCAACAAUCGUUUAAGAGAUGCGUCGAUUGAGGGUUCCUUUGAAGGGACCCAGAGCCUAAAGAGACUAUACGUGGAGCGGAACCUUCUCCAAAGCAUUCCCACCGACCUGCCAGUUACUCUCGAGGAACUACGGCUGGAUGGGAACCAGAUAAGUGUGAUGUCUGAUGCAGCCUUCGGACGCUGCCCAGGCCUUCUGAUCCUCAGCCUGAGCAACAACAGCCUGGGGAACAAAUCGUCUACUAUCCCUCCGGGAGUUCUUCUUCCUUUGGGCAAACUUCGAACACUUACACUUUCCUACAACCAGCUUUCCUCUGUUCCGCUGCAGCUGCCCCUCAGUCUUCAAGAACUCUAUCUCAGAGGCAACCGCAUUCAAAGUCUUCAAGGCGACAUGUUCUGGGGUGUGGCGGAGCUGCAGGUGCUGGAUCUAAGUGCAAAUAGAUUGACCAAUAAAGGACUUGGGAAAGCAGCACUACUGAAUGCCAGUAACCUUGAGAGUUUAAAUUUAGAGGGCAAUUCUUUGAAGCAGGUUCCUCACAAUCUACCCUGGACCAUAAAGACCCUCAACUUGGAAGGAAACUUAAUAUCUAGCAUAACUAAGGAUGCUUUUAUUUCAUUGCCUCAGUUGGAGCACCUAGGACUAGCAAGAAACAAGAUCACCAAGGUGGCCCUUGGUGCCUUCCGAGUUCUUCCACUUCUGCAUCAGCUAGACAUGAGUCACAACGCCUUACAACAGGUUCCACGGCAGCUCCCAUUGUGGCUGCACUCUGCAACAUUUGCGAACAACAAGAUCCAUGCAAUUCCACGUGAUGCUUUCUGUUGGGGUCGAGGCAACGAGUCUCCCCUUAGCCGCCUGGUCAAGGUGCACCUGGAAUAUAACAUGAUAGAUCUGGGCCACCUGGACACAUUGGCAUUCCGAUGCCUCCGAGGCUUUCAGGUGGUUCAGUUUUACUAAACUAAACUGAUUGGGA